AGACGUUUGUUUCUAAAAUGCGCGCCUGUAUAUAUACAUAAACCCUCACCUGUUCACCAAAAUUCUAAAAAACGAUAAUCUUAUCAAUUGCAACAAUGGAGGCUUCAAAUUCUUCGAUCAAUGAAGCGUACUGGCCUCUCCCCUAUCUUUACUCAACUUUCACGUCAAUCUGGCUCGUUUUCGCUUCUUGCUGGAUCAUCAACACUUACAUCAAUCGCCGUUUUCAGGUGAACAAUUUGCAGUGGACGCUUGCUUCAGUUCCUUGUGUUAAAGCUUUGCAACUUGCUUUUUCCUUUACCUUUUGGUAUUCAUGUUUUUAUUACCAAACAUGCUCUUUAUGGAUGUCAUUUGGAGUUUAUGUAACUGGAUUGCUGUUUGAGACAGCUUCAAUUGUAUCAUUUUUGCUAAUUGCCCAUGGCUACUCCAUCACUUCUGAACGCCUUUCUAUCCCUGAACGUAGAGCUAUGGCUGUUCUUAGUUGUGUCUUCUAUCUAAUUCUUGUUGGCCACAGAGCUUCCAUACCUUACUUCUCUAUCCUUCUGGUGCUUGACUAUUUGCUCAUAUUCUUUGUGAUAUUUCAUCAUAUAACACAAAACUUAUCACUCCUACGUCAUCAAUUGACUUUUAUAGAAGAUGAAGAUGUCCAAGAAAUGCAUGAUGCUGUGUACACCAAAUACCUCAUGUUCAAGAAAUUCAAAGGUGCUAUGCACAUUGUUGCUAUAGCAGAAACAGCGAUUUUCAUGAGCAUGGAUAGUUCUGUGGAUACCUAUUGGAUGAAGUUGCUAGUUCGUGAAUGGGCACAUUUCUGUAUCUUUCUUUAUAUUGGAUGGAUUUUUAGGUCACAAGAUUUGGCACCAAGGUUCUCUGUUAUGCCAACUCACAAAUCCAAAAGAGAUAGAAUUGUUCCUCCAAUCUACAGCAUUGAACUGGAUGCAGAAUCUUUUAAAGAUUUUGGUAGCCAUGAAUGGCAAAUUGGAGUGCCAACUUCUUCUGAUGACAAGAUGAUGAAGGAGUCGAUUAUUGUAGUGAUUCAACAUCCGCAUGCGUGUAGGCCAAUUUAAUCAACUCUGAAUCGGGAAUAUCUUCUCCAAAAGCUCACAUAUAGGAAGGACUUCAUAUUUAUGGCGUAAAAUAUUACUUGUGGUUUUGUGUUUAAAUCAUAGGUAAUUGUAUAAUGUUAGAUAUAUAGAGACAAACAAACA